AUGGACGCUCUCGAAAUACUACUAGAUGGAGUCCCUGUUUCCCCAACACGUGUGCAGGACGCGCGGGAGUUUUUGAGCCAGGCUCUCCAGAGCAAGGACGCGUAUGAAGCAUACUUUUCAUCACAGCCGGUACCGGGGAGUAUCGUCGAGGACAUCGCAGAGGUUGACGCCGAAAUAGCUAAGAUUGAGAGGGAGCUUAAAGGAAUAUUGUUAGAAAACAAAGCAGAGAUCUGUGAUGCGCUUGUUGGUGAGCCCAUUGAGCCACAGCUGUCUAUAAUGCUCUCCGAGAUUGACAAGCUCUGGGAGUUGGAAAAGGACGAGCCUAUCGAGGAGCAGGAUCCGGCUCUGUCCGUGCUCGACGAGCCUCAAGCAGAGCAGUCAGAGGACGCUUUUCAUACUGCCCUGCAUAAACUCAGGCUCGAUGCUGCUAGUAAGAGCGAAACCCCUACAGACGAUAACUUAGCGCUUGUAUUAUCAAAUUUAACCAGAAUCAACGAGCUCCUCGAGCUACCUGCUUUAACAUCUACUUGUAUCAAGACAGGACACUACCAAGAGGCUCUGCUUUGUCACUCGCACGCACGCAAGCUCACGAGCAAAUUCCCUAACGUUGACACAGUACGUCAGAUUGCAGAUUCUAUAUCACAGGAAAUUACCACUACCAUGAUGCAGGGCUUGGUUAAGAUGUUAGGCCACAACCUCAGUGCCAACCCCAUGAAAAAAAUACUCACAUUCUUAUCUUCCAUACCGCCUUUUUCAUCAAGCCCGCAGACCCUGAUACAGGUGUUUUUAGUCAUGCGACACAAAUUCGUGUGCACCGAGAUGGCUUCUUUCCAGGUUUUGGAGACUGCAAACGACACAAUGCGUGAGCUACUAGUGAAGCGCAAAAUCGAAGCAUUCCGUGAGCACGUCUACAGCGCUUUGUCCGUCGUACCCUCUAUGUUCGACGCACCUACUCAAAUGGUCACCAUUCCAUUGCUGGGCUCCCCAAAGAAAGAGUUAAAGACCUGUCCUUUAAUGCUCCAGUUUGUUGAGUCAUGUUGCGACGCGCUUCUGAAGGAAUUAUCCCCACAUAUCGAGUUACUGUCAGAUUCUGUAUGCCUCCAGCUGGUGUAUUGUUCAUUCAGGCUCGCUGAUUGUAAUGCCAACUACCACCAUCUGUUCAUAGACAAAAUCCAGGAGGCAGGUUUGUACACCACAGCCCAAUUAACGACAGCUAUGGACAAGAGACGAGAACUGGCUAGUAAGUACUACUAA